GGAUGAGCCAACACCCACUCCCCCCUACCUCCGCCUCCUCCGACACAUUGUUCUCCCGGCGAGCAGCAGCUUCUACAGACAGACAGGCAGGCAGACAGACAUAUUGACAUGCAGACAGACAUAUUGACAUGCAGACAGACAGACAGACAGGCACACUGACAGGCAGACAGACAGGUCUCCGGUGUGAACGUUCGGAGGUUUUUAACGGAUUCACCGGCUGAUAAACAGGAGACAAAGACAGAGAGACAGACAUGCUGACAGAGAGACAGACAGAUAGACAGACUGACGGGCAGAGACGCUAUGACCAGAGGCACGCGCCGCUGGACCGACAGGCAGGAGCUCAGGUAGCCCAGCGCUGAGGUGAGGCUGCUUGUGAUUGGUGGUUGCCAUGGUGCCCAGGCCGUCUUCGGGGGAGCUGUGGGGGCUCCAUCUGAUGCCCCCCCGCAUCCUGGUGGACUGCUGCCUGCCCAACGGGAUGAUGGUGAGUCUGGAGUGUCUCAGAGAAACUCCUCUCAUCAGCAUCAAGCAGCAGCUCUUCACUGAGGCCAGGAAGUACCCGCUCUACCACCUGCUGCAGGAGGAGUCAAGCUACAUCUUUAUGGGCGUGAACCAGGAGGCGGAGAGGGAGGAGUUCUACGACGAGACGAGGCGGCUGUGCGACCUCCGACUGUUUCACCCGAUCCUGAAGGUCAUCGAGCCGCUGGGCAACCGGGAGGAGAAGAUCCUGAACCGGGAGAUAGGGUUCGCCAUCGGGAUGCCGGUCUGUGAGUUCGAGAUGAUGAAGGACCCGGAGGUCCAGGACUUCCGUCGCUCCAUACUGAGCGUGUGCAGAGAGGCCAUGGAGGAAAGGGGGGGGGGGGGGGGCCACAGCCAGGCGCUCUACGUCUACCCCCCCAACCUGGAGUCCAGCCCACAACUCCCACAGCACAUCUAUAGCAAGCUGGACAAAGGGAGGUUGAUUGUAACCAUCUGGGUCAUCGUGUCUCCGUCCAACUCCAAACAGAAAUACACUCUGAAGGUGACUCACGACAGUUUACCUGAGCAGCUGAUAGCAGAGUCCAUCAGGAAGAAAAGCCGAUCGAUGCACCUGUCACCUCAACAGCUCCGCCUCUGUGUUCAGGAGUACCAGGGGCAGUACAUCCUGAAGGUGUGUGGCUGUGAUGAGUACCUGUUGGAGAAGUAUCCUCUCAGUCAGUACAAGUAUAUCCGGUCCUGUAUCAUCGUGGGUCGUCUUCCACACCUGAUGCUGGUCUCCAAAGACAGCCUUCACUCUCAGCUACCUGGCUCUGGCUUUGUCACACCCUCAUACAGUCGUCGAACUCCUCAGCCGUCUCCCUGUCCAGGAGGAGGAGAUGGUUCUCCUCCUCGCUCUCUGUGGGCCUUCAACACUCUGCUGAGGGUCCGACUGCUCUGCGCCACUUACGUUAACGUCAACAUCCGAGACAUCGACAAGAUCUAUGUGAGGACAGGAAUCUAUCACGGUGGAGAGCCGCUCUGUGACAACGUCAACACCCAGAGAGUCCCCUGUUCUAACCCCAGGUGGAACGAGUGGCUGGCCUAUGACAUCUACCUGGCUGAUCUACCUCGCUCAGCCAGACUCUGCCUGUCGAUCUGCUCUGUGAAGGGAAGAAAAGGAGCCAAGGAGGAGCACUGUCCUCUGGCCUGGGGCAACGUGAACCUGUUUGACUACACAGACAUCCUGGUUUCGGGUAAAGUGGCUCUGAGUCUUUGGCCGGUCCCUCACGGCCUCGAGGACCUCCUCAAUCCCAUCGGAGUCGCAGGUUCAAAUCCCAACAAGGAGACUCCCUGUGUGGAGCUGGAGUUCUCCUGGUUUAAUCAGACGGUUGUGUUUCCUGAUGAGCAGCAGAUAGAAGAACACGCUAACUGGACCGUCAGCCGAGAGCUGGGCUACACCUACUGCCACGGAGUGAGCAGUCGUCUGGCCUGUGACAGCAGAACUUCAGCAAGUGAUGCAGAGCAGCUUCGUUCUCUUUGCUCCAGAGAUCCUCUAUAUGAACUCUCAGAGCAGGAGAAGGACUUCCUAUGGAGGCACAGACAUUACUGUGUAAACAUACCAGAGUCUCUUCCUAAGCUGCUUCUGUCCGUCAAAUGGAACUCUCGAGACGAAGUGUCCCAGAUGUACUGCUUGCUGAAGGAGUGGCCUCUAAUGGAACCUGAAUCUGCUCUGGAGUUGUUGGACUGUAACUUUCCUGAUCCGAUGGUCAGAGAGUUCGCUCUGCGCUGCCUGGUACAAGGCCUGACUGACGAUAAGCUGUCACAGUACCUGCUGCAGCUCGUACAGGUGUUAAAGUACGAAAUGUACCUGGACAAUCCUCUGGCUCGGUUCCUGAUAAAGAAAGCUCUGACCAAUCAGAGGAUAGGACACUUCUUCUUCUGGCAUCUCAAGUCAGAGAUGCACAAUAAGACGGUGUCCCGUCGGUUUGGUCUGCUGCUGGAAGCUUUCUGCAGAGCCUGUGGCAUGUACCUGAAGCACCUUAACAGACAGGUGGAGGCCAUGGAUAAACUGGUUAACUUGACCGACACACUGAAACAAGAGAAGAAGGAUGAAACACAAAAAACUCAGAUGAAGUUCCUGGUUGAACACAUGUCUCGUCCAGAUUACAUGGAGGCUCUUCAGGGAUUCGUCUCUCCUCUGAACCCUGUUCACCAGCUAGGGAACCUCAGACUGGAGGAGUGCAGGAUCAUGUCAUCAGCGAAGCGCCCCCUGUGGUUGAACUGGGAGAAUCCUGACAUUAUGUCUGAGCUGCUCUUCACCAACAACGAGAUCAUCUUCAAGAACGGAGACGACCUGCGUCAGGACAUGCUGACUUUGCAGAUCAUUAAGAUCAUGGAGAACAUCUGGCAGAACCAGGGCCUGGACCUGCGCAUGCUGCCGUAUGGCUGUCUGUCCAUUGGAGACUGUGUGGGACUGAUCGAGGUGGUGAAGAACAGUUUCACCAUCAUGCAGAUCCAGUGUAAAGGAGGCCUGAAGGGGGCGCUGCAGUUCAACUCCAACACACUGCACCACUGGAUCAAAGACAAGAACAGAGGAGAGGCGUACGACCGAGCCAUUGACCUGUUCACCAGGUCCUGUGCAGGUUACUGUGUUGCGACUUUCAUCCUCGGAAUCGGAGACCGACACAACUCCAACAUCAUGGUGAAGGAGAACGGGCAGCUGUUCCACAUCGACUUCGGUCACUUCCUGGACCACAAGAAGAAGAAGUUCGGGUACAAGAGGGAGCGAGUUCCCUUCGUUCUGACUCAGGACUUCCUGAUCGUCAUUAGUAAAGGAGUCCAGGAGUCCACCAAGACCAAGGAGUUCGAGAGGUUCCAGGAGAUGUGUUAUAAAGCCUACCUGGCCAUCCGACAGCACGCCAGCCUCUUCAUCAACCUGUUCUCCCUCCUGCUGGGCUGCGGGAUGCCCGAGCUGCAGAGCUUCGACGACAUCGCCUACCUGAGGAAAACGCUGGCUCUGGAGAAGAGCCAGCAAGAAGCGUUGGAGUAUUUCACCAAACAGAUGAACGACGCUCAUCACGGAGGAUGGAGCACCAAGAUGGACUGGAUCUUCCACACCAUCAGACACAUGCCCAACGAACACUAACAUAUAUAUACUCUAACAUUAUUCAAACGACUCAUACUGAACGGUUUAAUAUGAAGAUGUACAUAGUUACAGCCUUAAAAAUGAAUAACAAC